AAUCUAUCCAUUCAUUCGUUCUUUUGUAUCGUUGUCUUCUUCAUUUUCAACAUUUGAUGGCGGUUUCAAUUUUGAGUUUGAAAUUUUUAAGGGCAUCAUCAAUCAUUUUUGAUUCAUCUUCGUCAUUCCCCAAAGGAAUCUGUGGUUCAAUUUAUCUUGGCGCAAAACACUACAAAUGGGUUUCUGAUAAAUCGCGGCUGGAGCCUGAGUACGAUAAAGAAGCUCGAAGCAAUGACAACCCUUCGUACUUCCCAAACCGAAACCAAAUGUUUGGCAAUGAGGCCGAAGACGAAGGUUAUCGGACGGGUGAUGAUCUCAUUAAACAGGUUAGAAAUGCUGGGCCCUAUUUGGAAAAUUGGAAUGAGAAUCACAAUGCAAGUCAUGUAACCGACAUCAGUAGCGGAGAAAUAAUAGACAUGGAAAAAGUAACAAUGGCGUGUAGGUGUCCAAAAUGCAAACAUGCAUUUCGUGUGCAUGCAAACUUGACAGGUAAAAACUGAUGGUUUCGGCGAGUCAGUUGUUGGGUUACCUAAAGUUUAGUUAUGUUGUAAUAAAUUUGAUAAUUUCAUUCAUGUUUAAAAUCCAGAAUGUUAUAAUAAAAAUUUCAUUUAAUUGAAUAAAUUAAUUGUGUCUUUUCGUAAUAUUCUGUGGUACAUGUAUUCAGUGUAUUAGAUACAUUGUACAAGUGAAUAAAUUAAGAUAUAUCUUUUGAUGGA